AUGGCUGAGCGGCCCAAGCAGCGGCAGAUGAAAACUUCCUUCCUCUUCAUCCAGCUGCAGGCCCCCCCUGGCAGAGCGCUCCCCGCCCUGUCUCCAGCAGCCGCAGCCUGGACUGCAGCCCCAGGGGGCCCGGAGGAGGGACACAUUCUCCCAAGUCCCAGGACCGGCGUCUUGGCAGGCCGGGACCUCAGGCACACGCGGGGCUCGGCUGCUCCUCCCUCUGGGCUGCUGCAGAAGGAGGGCCGUGGGACAGAGCAGCCAGCUGCUUUCAGUUGCUCUGCUCGGAAGCAGAGGGAGGGAGAGGAAAAGCCCCAGGAUCUGGACGUAAGGAGGGGUGGCCUUGGCAGAUCCCUCCGUUGCGGGCGUUCCCUGGCCCCUGCAGCCAGGAAACUUGGCGGGCCCCAGCCCCUGCCAUGCGGACUGCCUAGCCCAGAUGUCAUCAUGAGCGAUGGAAGCAGCGAUCCCUCCAUGGGCUGGGAGCCUUGGCCGGUCCUUCCUUCCCCCCAGGAACUGUGGGGCGCAGAGCCUCAGUCUUGGAAUGCUCUAGGAUUCUCAGUUCCACAGGCCGCCCUGCCCCACGCUGCUGGCAGGGGCGAGAGGGGCGAGCUGAGGCGAGGGACGGCCACCGGCCAGGUCCCCCCGAGGAGCUGUCAAGAGGACACGGGUACCACGGUGCGGGCAAGGAGGGCGAUGCUCUACAGAUACCGUCCUCCCGUCCAGACCAGCAAGAGCUACCCGGCCCCCCCUACUGCUCUGCCUCUCAAGGGUCCUUAA